CUGUCUGUCUCUCUAUCCAUCUGUUGGUCUCCCUCCAUCUGUGGAGGGGGACAGAGGAAUGAAAAUCUGCAAUCAUGAUGGAAGGACUGAAAAAACGUACCAGAAAGGCCUUUGGGUUACGAAAGAAAGAGAAGGAUACAGAUUUCACGGGCUCACCUGACAAAGAUGGAGUAAGUGCGAGAAAGAAAAAGACCAACGGGGCUCCAAAUGGCUAUUAUGGGGAGAUUGAUUGGGAUCGAUAUGCAACUCCAGAUGUGGAUGCUGAGGGCUUCAGUCUCAGACCCGGAGAAGAGGGGGAAACAGCUCCCAAAGGCAAGCAGCACUUCUUGUCCUCCAGCGACUCGGAGGACGAGGACGACAAGAGGAAGUUCAAGAUCAAGAUCAAGCCGUUGCCUUCCGACACUGCCAAGUGUGCCGUCCCAUCUAUGGACGAACUGAAAGCUUCAGUUGGGGGCUUGGCUCUAUCUCCCUCUCUGAGGAGAAGUCCGAGACGCAGCCCGGGCUCGAUAAAGAGACACCUGUCUUGUGAGGAGAUUGCCAGACCCAGACGCUCCACCCCUACGCCAAGCCCCGCCCCCGAGACACAAAGUGAGAGAGUAUCCCAGAGUCGCAGAGCAUCCCCAGCUUUCUACGGGCUUCCUCCGGAGAAGACCUCUGAGGCACGCAGAUAUGAUAGUAACAGAAAUGAUGGUGAAGAGAUUGCCAGACCCAUACGCUCCACCCUUACGCCAAGCCCCGCUCUCGGGACACAAAGUGAGAGAGUAUCCCAGAGUCGCAGAGCAUCCCCAGCUUUCUACGGGCUUCCUCCGGAGACGACCUAUGAGACACACAGAUAUGAUAGUAACAGAAAUGAUGUGGUCUGCAUAGAGGCCGAUGCAUGGUGUGACUCCAGACCAUACCCUGACUCCCCUCUGACCAGAUCCUUUCCCACAGGAGCUCCUCCUCCACUGCCUCCCAAGAACAUCCCAGCAGCUAGUCAAGGCUAUUCUUUGACGGAUUCUUCCGCUGAUUUACCCAAUGGGAGAAUAGUCCCAAGCCCCAACCCUAUCUACCUGAAUGUCCAAUCCCCAGCCUCGUACAGAGGUUCCCCUGUGCCUGACCUGGAAAAUGUGUUCGGCCCCAUGGAAUCUUCCCAGACCAGUGAGGACAGGGCCUCGCCCCGAUGGAUCAGCUUCAACAGCGAGAGACCGCCCCCACCAGACGAACCGGCCCCGCCUCCGCCCUCUGCCUCUCCUCCUUCCGACUCGCCCCACUCCCUCUCCUCCACCCCAAACUCCCCUUGCCUCUCCCCGGGCCCCCCUCCGGAUGAGCCUCCCCCCCCGCCGCCCUUCUCCUCUCCCCCCGACUCUCCCAUCUCCAUUAUCUCUAUUCCUCCUCCAGAUGAACCCGUUCCUCCCCUGCCUCCCGACUUCUCUCCCGCGGACUCUCAGCCAUGCAUCGGCAUCGAUCCUGGUCUGUUUUUGGAUGAUGAGAUACUGGGGUACCCUCCUGCUCCUUCUGGCUUACUGGAAUACUCCCCUGCCCCAACCAGUCCCAUCCCUCCCUCCCUGCCUGUGGAGCGCUACCCUCGGACGGGUGUCCCUUCCCCUCUGGCGUUCCUGAGGGAGGAGCAGCCUGACUAUAUGGCCUCGCCCCUUGGGCUGACCCCGGGCUUCAGGGGCACGCCGCCCCCACUCCCCCCGCUCACCUACAGGUCCAUGGUAUCCUCCCCUGGACCCUGCCCAGGCAGCAGCCCCUCCUCUCCAGCUCGUCCUUCCACGCCCCUGUCAGGAGGCAGUCCAAUCCCUCCCCCUCUUCCUACAAGGCCUUCCUCUCGACCCAAACUGCCCCCUGGGAAACCAAUAGGAGACCUGACUCGACCCUUCAGCCCCCCAGUCUCCGGCAGCCCCCCUCCCUUCGCCCCCCUGGCCCGGGCUGAGAGUUCCUCCUCAAUCUCCUCCAUCACCUCAUUGAGCGCAGGCUCCACCCCCACCCUGGGGAGAGAACUCAACAUAUCCACCACAGGAUGCUCCAGAGGACCCAGCCCACUCACCAUGGGAGCCCAGGACACUCUGCCUGUGGCGGCUGCCUUCACCGAGACCAUCAACGCCUACUUCAAAGGAGCCGACCCCAGCAACCGGCAAAGCGACCCUCAUCAGAAUAAAUGCAACAAGUGUGUGGUAAAGAUCACUGGGGAGAUGGUGCUGUCUUUCCCUGCGGGCAUCACCAGGCACUUUGCUAGCCACCCGUCUGCCCCUGUGCUCACCUUCAGCAUCAGCAACUACAGCCGGCUUGAGCAGGUCCUCCCCAAUCCACAGCUACUGUGCUGUGACACCACCAUGUCCAAUGUGGACACCAAGGAAUUCUGGGUAAAUAUGCCAAACCUGAUGAGCCACCUGAGGAGAGUGGCUGACCAGAAGCCUCAAGCAACCUACUACAAUGUGGACAUGAUCAAAUAUCAGGUGGCAGCCGAUGGGAUCCAGUCGACUCCCCUGAACCUGGCAGUGAGUUGGCGUGGCGACGCCACCAGCACGGAUCUCAGGAUAGACUACAAAUACAACAUGGAGGCCAUGGCCGCCCCCUCACCCCUCCACAACAUCCACUUCCUGGUCCCUGUGGACGGGGGCGUGCACAAGCUUCAAGCCAUGAUCCCCACUGCUACCUGGAAACCAGAGCAGCAGAAAAUUCUAUGGAAGAUACCAAGCCUUUCCCAGAGGUCUGAAAAUGGAGGAGUGGGGGCUCUACUGGGUAGGUUCCAGUUGACAGAGGGUCCCAGUAAGCCGUCCCAGUUGGCGGUGCAUUUCACCAGCGAGGGCAGCACUCUGUCAGGCUGUGACAUCCAGCUGGUGGGGACUGGCUACAGGCUCUCGCUGGUCAAAAAGAGAUUUGCUGCAGGGAAAUAUCUGGCGGACAACUAGUCACCACUGUUGUAAAAUGACACCCUUUCACUCAUACAAUGGCUUUUGAUUGUGAGGAUGAUGAGAGUCUACUACGGAUUCCUCAUUCAAGCUACCAACUGAAAAAACAACUGAAACCUUACACUUGAGCAGGGAAGGGUGGACGAUGGGAUAGAAGUAACAACAGGAUGUGAUCUAAUUCACAAAGCUGACUGGAGUAUCACUUUGUUUUAACACGCUCAAUACAGUAGUCUCACUGUUGGGGUUUAUGCAAGUAGUACAGCCCUUUUCCGUUCUGUGCACCUUGAGGGUUGUCGAGGCAAAGAUAAUGAAUUCAACACUUACUUUUAUCAAAGUAAUUUAUCAUUGGCACCGCAUACAGUAAUCCAGUUUCAUUUGUGAGAAGAAACGUGUGAAUGGGUGAUGGUGGAAGAUUCACUGGACAGAUUUAUGUGAAAAGAUAGAUACUGUUAACAUUCAUUGAUAAUUCAAUAGAUUAUGAAAAUAACUCCAUUCGCUAUGAUGACAUUUAGAAUUGUAUUAUUUUAUGCUUUUUCUUUUUUCAUUUCUCGGGUUUGUAAAACUAAUAUUGUACCAGCUGGUACUGUACCAGCAGGUUGAGGCCCACAACUUGGAGUCAAUGUGGAAACAACAUUAUGUAUGUGGUGGUUGUGUGUUUGCUGGGAGGUCAAGUGGUUAAUGUAAUGGUACACAUUGUUUACCUGAUUUGUGGAUGACAAAAACAAAGCAGGCUGCCUUACAGGCUGGAUAGUAGAGUUGCCUUGGACCAGAGAAAUGACUGAUCUGUUUGUCCCUUAAGAGUUGUGUCCAUCUCCAGGAGGCCUAACCAAGCAAAACUGGUUGAAAUGACAUCAUUACAAUGAGAAACUGUUUGAAAUUACGCCGAAACUGGUUGAAAUUCGUUCUUUAUGGCGUCAAUUCAACCAGUUUGAACCAGUUUGGCCUCACUGGGAAGUAUAACCGAAGAACAUCAACGAAGAUGGAAAAAGUGCUACAAUAAUUAUUUAUCCAAAAUAGAAUACUAAUGAACGUAUAUGUAAUGGAAGCCCCUAAUGUCAUGUUUCUUUUGUUGUUAUUUUCCACCGUGUGGAGUAAAUAGGUGUUUUAUCAUUUUCCAAUAGCAAUAUAUUGAAAAUCAAUUUGUAAAAAAGUGUAAAUAUGAAAGAUGUUUCCCUUUGGACAUAUGGAUGUUUCUGUGUAUUGUCAAAUAAGAGUUAUGCUAUACGGUGGUGUUAGCCUUCAGAAUACAUAACCAUUUAAAAAAUGCAUAAUUUCAAGUUUCAUUUCGAACAUGGAUUUCUUGUAAUAUACUGUGACUGUCCAUGGUUUAAAAAGAAAACGAACAAAAAAACCUCCAAAGGUACAGCAUGAAAUCUGCGUUACUCAAACAGUUGUUUUUGGUUCCAUUUUAUUUCAAGACAUUAAGGACGCACAGCAGCACACAAUAUGGAGUUGAAGAAAGAGUUGCCUCCUUAUCCGAUGCUAUUCCAACCUAGCCUGGUUAAACGUAGCAUUCAGUCUCGUUUAACCAGGCUAAUUCAGACCUACGCCUUUUAUAUAGUAAGUGUACUAUGUGAUUGCCUUUACUGUAACUUUUAGUCACUUCAUCGUGUUUGACCGUUCACCUAAAGCUUUGACCUUUGGCAUGAAUUCCAACAACAUUGUCACACUUCCAUGAUAUAUUGCAGUUAAUGUCCUCUUGUGUUUUCUCCUGAUUACAGUACAUGGGAUUUUAAAGGUGAACAACAGGGGGAACAGUCAUUGAUAUGAUCGAUCUAAAUCAUUUUGGUUUAUUACAAGAAUUCAGGGAGAACAUCUCCCGAGCAGAAGCCAAGAGACAUUUCUAAUUCCCCUUCUCCAAGCAGACCCUUAAAUUUGAAUCUGGUAGCACCGAUGUUCUCUAAACAACAGCCAGAGGCUUCUACAAAGUCACGACAAAGGACAGUGACUUUUGCCAGCUGCUACAAAAUCACACAAUGUUCAUCAUUUCAUCAAUAUAAUAUCUGUGUCUCCUCGGCUCCGUGUACCUCCAGUCUGACGUCAAUCAUUAUCAACAAUAUGACUUUCAUACAUAACAUACAGCAUCCAGUCUAGUGACCAUCAACCUGUGAUACAAAGUGUCACAAAUAGAAUACUUGAAAUCAUGUGUAUUACAUAAAAAGGCAACAUAUAAAUAUGUUAAGAAUUGUGUUAAUUACUCUUAACUGAAUAUUAACUUUAUCACACCAACAACAAAUGAUUUUGCAUAACUAUAAUUGUUAUGCUCCUGCCCAUCUCGAGGAGAAAAUGUUUAGUGUAUUAUUUUAUGCAUUUUGACAUCAUUAUAAUAUUAAUAGCCUUACAUUACCUCAGAUGUUGCUACUCAUUUCCAAAUCAAUAUAUUCAAAAGAAGUCACAAACAAUGACAAACAUCGCUUUUUGUCCUUGAUAUUAUCACUAACUAUGGUAAUAUGACUUUUUUGUCCUGGUUGCAAACUUUUAUUUCUUUGUUUGAGCCUUACUGGUCCUUAAAAAAGAACGCACAAAUAUCAAACUUCUCUCCAGAUAUGUAGCAGUAGCAAUUUAUAAAGGUUUCAAUAAUGCUGACAUGUUUUAUUAUUUGCCUUAUUUUGGAUUAGCAUAUUUCCAGCCAGUAAGAGACUUUCUGUAUGUUUUUGUUCUAUGAAAUAUAUUUUUUUCUGUCUGUAUUUUAUUCACUGCAUAGGACACAUUUCAUGUAAACAUUUCAUGUAAAUUUCCCAUCCAAAGAUUUUAAGAGUGAAAAUAUUAAAAAAAUGAAUAUAAUGGUUUACUCGGUAAUAAAGAAUGGGAGAAUAU